AUGCUGCGCCGAGGAGCGGGCGCCCGGGGCUCCCUGCUCCCGGCGACCGCAGCGCGCUGCCUUCGCCGCCCGCUGCCCACGGCGAGGACCGACGAGAAUUGGGGACUCGUUUGUGGAAGGGGGGGAGACUCUUUAAAGUGCGUCAGAGGGUGGCGAGCGCCUGGGAACCCGGAGGCCUGGAUCCCGGCCCAGAGUGGAACGGAGUCGGCGCCGCUGCCCCAACUGUGCCUCCAGCCGUCCGCUCGGCCGCCGACCUCUCGGUGCCUUCGCCAGUCGCUCCGGGCUAGCUCCCUCUCUCCCUCGGCGCCCGCUGCGGCUUCUCUCCUCCUCUUUCGCCUCCUCCGCUUCCCUCUUCUCCUCCUCUUCCUCGUUCUUCUCCUCCUCCUCUUCUUCCUCCUCCUCCUCUUUCCCCACCUCCUCCCCCCUCAGCCACCGCCUCCUACUGCACUAACACCACUCCCUCCGGGGCACCCGGGUCCCUGCAGAGUCUUCGGCCCGCGCAGCCUUUGCUGCGGACCCCUGGAUCCUAAACCUGCGGCGCCGGCGCCGAAGCUCCUAGGACCGAAGCACCGACAGACGCGCAGAUUUCUUCACGCCCAGAGCUCCACUGAGGCUGUCCCCUGCCGCCUGGCGUCCAGGUCACUGAGAUGGUUUCGGGAGUCCGGCGAGGACUCUGCCUUCUUCGCUACACCAAAGGUGUCUCCUGGGUUCUCAAACCGGCCGGCAACAACACUUCAACAGUAGCAGUGUGUCUGUCUGCCACCAGCUGUGUUCUGGUUGCCCACAACCUGAAAUAAACUGUAGAGUCCUGGCUUCCCAAAUGAAGAUCUGUUUAAUCAAGAGACCAAUCCUCAGCUCUGGGAUCUGACAUCUAAGGUUGAAGCAAAAUGGUUAAUUCAGCCAUGAUCUUUGCUUGCAGCAGAGUGUCUGAGCCCUGGGGAGAUGUCGAUCACUCCAGGAUUGCUACUUGUAAGUACCCAAGGACCCGAAGAUCUGUCUGAGCUUCAAGUAAAAUAAAUAAAUAAAUAAAUAAAUAAAUAAA